AUGGAAGCGAACAUUAACAAGUUACAGCUUGAAAUUAAAGAAUGUGAAAACGAGCUCAACGAAGAGAAACUAAAACAAAGAGAGCUUAAGAACAAGGUUCGAUCUCUACAUGGUUUGUUACAAGAGAAAGAUAGCAAAAUUUCUGAUCUUGAACAAUCAUCCUCGAUAUAUUCUCAAGAAAAAUCUAAAAGGGAUAAGCAAUUUAAAAAUAUGGAGUUAAAACUUCAGAAAGCCCUAGAACAAAAUGAAUCAUUGAGGGAGAAAGAAGGGGAGGCACUGCAAAGAUAUAAUGAAUUCCAGAGGAAGCUAAUUUCAGCAGAAGAAAGCUUAAAAGAAAAAGAACUGACUAUUGCAAGUUUGAAUCAAGAAAAGCUUUCCAUGAGUAAUCAAAUCGCAGAAUCCAAGAAGAUUGAAGAGAAACUUCAAAAUAAACUAUCAACUUUGCAAAAUUCUUUGAAAGAGAAAGCAAGCCGCAUGUCUAAAACUGAACGGGAAGGGAAAAAUAAACUCAAAGAAGCAGGUUUGGAAAUCAAAGAACUUAACCAUAAGAUAUCCUCUCUAGAACUGGAAUUGGUCAAAACUAGUGGAGAAUUAGAACGAGUAACAGUGGCUGCAAAUUCCAAUGUAAGCAAUAUACAGCAAAUGGAAGAACUUCAACAGAAGAUAUCAUUAUUAGAAGAGGAAAUUCAGCAGAGAGACUCAAGAAUCGAAGGGUUGUUGUCUAAUAAAAGUGAUUUAGAAACGCAGCUAGCUACAGAAACUAUAGAAAGAAAGGAAUUACUUCUUCAAUUUGAAAAGCAGAAACAGAUUUUGCAGCUGUGCGAAAAAGAAAUCCAGGAUUCCAAAGCUUCUAUCAACCACUUGGAAAUAUCAAAUAAUAAUAAUCAAAACCAUAUUAAGUCUCAAGAAACAGAACUACAAACACUCAAAGAGAAAAUAGUUUCUUUGAAAACCGAGAAUGAAAAAAUCAAACGAGAGAAUAGAAUUGCGGCUUCCAAAAAUUCUAGAAACAAAGUUCCUGAAAAGGAAUUGAAUUCUGUCAUAUCUGAGGUUGUGAAAAGAAAUAUACUGGAAUCUAAGAGUAAUGCAUCAGAGGCUUCUCGUCAGAGAAACAGAAGAAAUAAAAUGGUACUUAGUUCAAACAAAGAUGAAAAGCGUCCACCGUUAUCCAAAAUUGAAGCAGAAGUGUCUUCAAGUCCAAAUGCUGUCAAAUUGCCUGUUUCUAGAAAACGCGGAGCUUCCGCCAAACCUAAUGCCAAAGGCCAAUUAACGAAUGAAGCAAAGGAUGAUGUAUUCUCAAUUUUCAAUGUUUUGGACUCGCCACCACCUUCAAAAAAGAGCAGAAAAGGUUAG